CAAUAUAGCGCUAAGUUUGAAGACACGACAGUAGCGCAGUCUGUUUAUAAUGUCCGUUUACUUUGUCACGUUUAAUUUGCAUGUUUUGGAUUUACACCGGUUGUGAAGUUGUUUUUACAGAGUGUUGUAUUUUUAUUUCCGUUAUUUUAGCUUCGGUAAUGAUUAAAAUAACUGUGCAGUAGGACAGCCAUCUUCAGCAGCUCGCUGUGAGUGCCUUUAUUUCCGGGUUUUCUCAGAGAAAAUAAUCCGACUGCAGCGGGGAUUUCAGAGGAGAAAGCUGACACUCGGUCAUCUGACCUGUUCGAGAAGUUACAGGUAGCUGAAGCUAGCGAGCUAAAGCGGCUAAUGGAUCCAAGCAUCGAGGUGAUUGUGCUGAGCGACGAUGACGAUGCGGGCGGUGACCACACGGGGGCGCUCGACAGCUCCUCCGUUCUAAUAGUGGAAGAAAACGAAGAGAGCAAAGAUCUCCCUGAAACGAAUGAAAUUCUGGACGAAGACGUGACCAUAACCUUCUCCCGGCGAGCCAGCGUCCUUCCUCACGCCAGAUACGACUGCGACAAGGUUUUCAGCUUUGCAGACUCGAACAUCUCGGAGCCGGAGGGCGGUAAUGCGGCGUACUGCGAGCAGUGCUUCUGUUAUAUCUGUGACCGACUGGCCUCGCAGUGCAAGUUCUGGACCGUUUCCGGGUUUUGUCACUGUAACGCUCACAAACGCAGCGUUUACUGGAAAUCCCUCCGCGAUACCAGGAUCAUGGGAUACCUGCACGAGCUCAAAUUCACCUUUGACCCUGCGGACAUGGAUUCAGACCUCCGGCGUGCAGAAACCUCCCUGCAGGAGUUCGCACACAGCUUGGCGCUGAAGUACGGCGCGUUCUCGAUGGCGACGGAGAACCCGACCCGACAAAUCGCCUGUGGUUGCCCGUGUCAUUCCACCAAUAGCAAGGCAGGGGAGAGCAGCUCGGCCAAUAGGAGCGCGGCGGGAUGCUCGAGGUGCUACGUCGAGCACCAGAAGCUCGUUCUGUUCGACUACACUCCUGUGAUGGCGUGCGUGUGCGCGUUUCUCGAAGAGGCCACAAAGGAAACUCCAAAGACCGGCUGCAUCAUGGCGCUCGGUGCUAUUAAGCUUUUCAUCACACACUCUGCGCCUGGAACCGUACACGCUCCGGCGAUUUCACACGUCGCACUGGGAAUGUUUUGGAGAGCGAUGUCAAUGGUGCAGGUUUUGCUGGUCAACGUCGACUUUCCCGCUUCCUUCGUCAAUCAACUACAACACUUCUUCCAGAUUCUUCCACUUCCUCCUGACCUCAGGAAGUUCAGAAACGGGCUCAACGUGCUUUCCUGGGACGACCCUUUGCUCUCGGCGGUGCUGAAGGGUCAGAACGUCACCGGGGUGCGGCAGGUGAAAGGUCGACGCACGGAGACUCUGCACGAAGCGCUGUUGGUGGUCAGAACCCGGGUUCUCAAACUCCAGCAGCAGGACAGGUAUCGGGAGCUGGUCCGCUAUCUGAAAGUUGUGAAAAGUGACAACGAUACCAUACUGCAGAUGAUGAGAGACUGGGUUCCUCUUUAUCUGUGCAAGGUUGCCGAUUACGCCGGUGCAACCGACUGCUUGCUCAGCCCCAAGUACGGUUCCUCAUGCCCCGCCUCUAGGCUCAGUCCCGCCCAGUUCUGUGCCUACCUCAGAAUAUUCGCGUCUGGCCACGCCCCCCUCGACAUACCACACCCACCGCGAGUCGAGCCCGGUCCGUAUUCUCAAAACAUCCACACGGUCCAGACAGAUCCUUUACUAAGUAACACAUGGACACCUAUCGAAGGAGGAUCCAACCUGCUGAAAAGGCAGGAGGUGAUGAAGUUCGCACUCCGAGUCUUGAAUUGUAACAGCGCCGUCUUUGCACACGCCGAAAGCUGGAUAAAAGUGCUGGAGUUUGCCAACCUGUCAUCUUCUCCUUCUCCUUCUUGUUUACCCGAACCCAACUACAUCUUCCUAUCAAGGACCAUGGACAUCGCCACAGGAAUCCUCAAUGAGCUCAAUCGCACUUCCCGGAUCCAGAUUCCCAAAAACUUUCAAAACGGGUAUCCCAACCAGGCGUUGUUGCUCUUAGCCACUCAGGCUUUAGCCUGGCGUCUUCUGCACUCACAACUCAAACCCAUCGUCAGCGUCAUCCUGACCUUCAAAUCGAACCCCUGGGUGGUGCCCUGCUUGUUCAGCAGUCUACUGGUGCAGCCACCAACACUCCAGGAUUUGUUCUGCGUGAUUCUGGAGGAACUUGCGGACGGACAAUGCAGAUCCAUCUUGCAAAUACAGGACACAGCCGAGCAGUACUUCAUUGCGAGUUUCCUCUGUCUGUUCUUCCUGGAGUCCAGAGUAGUUCUCAAUCACUACACGUAUCCCGUUACUGAUCUGCUGGCGAAGUGGAACGAAUUCGAAAACCCGUGGCAGUACCACCUCCGACGACUGCUCGAAGUCAAAGUAAGAACUCUUUAUUACGCUUGUACCGAACACAUUUCUAGAACCCGUCAAAUUUCAGCUUUAAUCUUGGAUUAUAGUACGCAUUAAUGCGUGAAUACAAGAUGGCCGCCGUACCUAUCCCGUGGUCAUCCGGAGCGUCGUUCGUGUACAUCCUGAAAAACGAACGCCACAGUGUGACGUGGUGCAACACUCAACAUGGCCAGUGGGGGGCGCAGUACAGCAUCGGGUGUCCACAGCUAAACAAACAAAAUGGUGUCUCUCAAAUCGCAUUCUAGUUAUCGAUUACUAACACUGAAAAAACAAACAAUAGAAACCAUGACACAAAUUCUAAUGGGUUUCUACUAUUUCCACCAUUACAA